UUAAAGGACCAGACGGUUCUGUCGGCUGGUCGCGCUCCGUCCGUCUGCUGGUCGAUCGAGCGGCUGUGGCGUUUCUUUUCCUCCUGCAGUCCGUUCAGAGCCUACUGAGGCGGGCCUCGGCGUCGAAGACGAUCGUGUGCGACUCCUUCUGAGGUCUGCCACGGCUUCGAACGGAUUCGUUGGUAAAACGGGGCUGCGGCGUUCCGCCUUCCCCAGGGCCGCUUCGAGGCCUUCUCUGGACGCUGACGCAGUACCGUGGAACGAAGGAGAAAGAGAGAGAGGCCUUGUUGGGGAAUGAGCCUCCCGCGCUCCGGCUCCGAGGGGGUUAAGGCCGCAAGCCUCCCGGCAUCCUCAGCGGCUUCGCUGGCACGAGCACAGGGAGGCGGGGGCGGGGACGCGGGCGAGGGCACGAGCGGGGGCGCGCACUCCCCGCGGGGAGAAGCUGCCCGGGUAGUGAGGCGGCGACGGCGACGUUACUUCCCCCCGGGUCGGGCUCGCGUAGGCGCCGGCCCUGCGGCGGCUGCCGCGGCGGCACGCAAGAGAACAGCGACCACCACUGGACGGAGGGCUAGGAAAAGAGUUCCAGUAACGGUUCGGAGCCACCCCGACUUGGAGAGCGUCGAAGAACCGGGGCCGAGUACGUCCGGGGCAGGCCUAAAUGGGAGCUCGUCGUUGGUCAAUCGUGGUUCGAAGGCUCCCCUAACCCUCCUCCGCUUCCCGGGGCCGCGGUCGAGUGGCCAGAACGGAGACGGGCAAGACGAUUCGGAUUGGAGCCCUCUUGAUGAAUUCUGCCCUGGGAAUUUCCUCUGUGCGUCUCCAAAGGCUGCCUGUAUGUACGUGUAUGCUGGUACACAGGCUGGCAGGUGGGGGCAAACUGCGUAACAAGCAUCAGCCAGGCCCAGGGACUCCUCAGGAGACCCUGCAUGCACCCUAGCCCCAGCAGGCGCUAGGGUCAUGGGUCGCCUCGAUGACUAUGCCAAAAAGCGAAUUGUAGAGCUUCGAAAAGCAGGACUGAGUUUCCGCAAAAUCAAGAAGGUCCUGGAGCUGGACAAUAUCCGUGUCACACCACAAGCUAUAUAUCUGUUCUUGAAGCGUAAGAAUGUGGAGCCCAGUCCCCUACCUGGAAGCAACCAUCCUCUCCCUCCCAGGGACCUGAACGCCCGGCGGCUGGCACUCAGUAGGGCUGGCUGGGAGGACGAGCAGCUCUGGGAUUUGCUGCAGGAGAGUGAGGUGGAGCCAAAGGAGUCCUUAGAGAGCCAGCCAGGUGGCCCCGAGAGAGAGCCUGGAGCUGGUCAGAACUGGGAUGGCAAAGAGGGCAUUAGGAUUGUCAGCGUGACAUCUCUGUGUCAGGAUGGUGGAGUCCACCCCAGAGAUACUUGUUCUGGUGAGGUGCCCCACACCUCGGCUAACAGUGAUGCCGGUACUGGGCUGGGGGCUCCUGGUCCAGUGAGCCCGCCUGCUUCCCCACUUCCACUGAGUCGGGGACGGAACUCCGCCCUCUUUGUCAAGAAGAAGAUUGUGGACAGAGCCAUCUUCCUCCACAAGAAAGCCACUGUGCAGAGUGUGCAGAGUGUGCAGAGUGGCACUGGCUCUUCUUCUCUCCCUCUCCUGGUAGGAGUGCAAUCUCCCGGGCCCAAGCCCUGGCUUCCAGACCUUAAGGACUCUCCAGCCCACAUGUUCAGGACAUGGAUACGCAGACUCGUCUGCCCUGGGCUAGUGCCCAAGGCCUGGCUGAGAAGCUGGAUGCAGUGCAGGGAGCUGUGCAGCAGGUGCUGCAGGUGCUCCAAGUGCUGACAGAUCAGCAGAGCCGGCUAGAGCGGCAGCAGGAGCAGCAGCAGCGCUGGCAGCAACAAGUGUUGGGGACUCUGCAGCAGCUCAGAGGGCCUGCCUGGAGUCAGGGCCCUGGGAUCAGGGAGACCCAGGAUUUGGGGAACGGUGGGACUCUUGAAGGACCUAAUUUCCACCAAUUUAAGAUGGAACUUCUUUGAUUCUGUGGUAGGGUGUGACAUUCCUGAAAGGGCAGGACCUUCAGCUUUGGGGAAGAAGGGGUCUGUGUCCUGCUACCAUCUCAGCUGAAGAUAGCUCUCAUAAAAGCGGGAUGUGAGCAGGACACACUACCCCCCCCCUUCCCUCAGCCCUUAUUGUUUCGUGUGCAACACAUAGGCUUUACCCCCCCCCCCCCAAACCUUUUCCUGUGUCUGCACCUUCUCCCACAAGCCCUGCCCAGCUUCAGGGCCUGUGAAGGGUGCUGGAGGUGGGGAUGGCUUAAUUACAGACAAGCCUGGGAUUUGGGAGCAGGUGAACAGUGGAGGCUUUACUACUUUUUCCUUCCCUGGGGCUUAGACUCUGAAAGAGUAAGUUUCUUUACCUUUGUAUGCUGUUAUAGGUAAGUGAAGGGCUCAGGUGUUUCUUCAAGAUAGGGGAUGGGUCAUGGUUUUCUGGUGAACUACUAAGCAUGUUCCAAAGCUUAGAGCAUAGUAUGGGGCCAGGAUUAAGGACAUAGUUGGGAGGGGGAGGGGGGAGGGGGAGGGAAGGGGAUGGUAGCUAUGAUAUGAGGGCCAGCAAGGAUCAUCUAAAGGAAGUAGGUUUUCUCAUCAUGGAGAUGCUUUUCCAUCAGGCAUUGACAGUUUUAAUGUGACAUGAAUCUGUUCUACCUUGGACAGGUCUAAUGGGGAAGGUGGGAUAGCCAUCCUAGACUCUUCUGCCUCCCUGCAGAGGUUGUCAUCUAUGGGGGGAAGAGGGGCAGUGCACCCCCCAGCAGACAGCUGGCUUUUAUGCACAUGAAACAGUUUGGCCUGGCAGCCUGGACACCUCUAUGGUCCAGUAAGACUCAGGAAGUUCUGUGCUGACAUAAUGUAUUCUGGUCAUAUGAAAGUAGAAACCAGGAGACAAGAGAAGACAGUGUAGUCUCCCCAGAUUUCCAACCCUGGAACAUUAUCUGUGUAAUGAAAUAAAUAAAUGAGCAUAGUCAUCGUCAUGCAAA